CUUAUGUCUGUAAGCCCACAUUUGGAUUUUUGCACUUUGAUUCGAUCGUUUUAUACGCAUUGUUUAACUUUCCUCACAGACCUGAUUCGGAAAAUAUUGAUUUCCGUAUUCCAACCAAUGCUAUCCAGAGAAUAUGACGACGAGUUCUCUACCGACGCUUUUGAGCUUCUUCCGGACGACGUUUCAAGUGAAGAAACUAAGCUGAAGCUUCCCUCUACUAACGCAUUGUCCGACUGGGAUCGAUUUUCUUUCGCGUUACUUUUGGCACGUCAGCUAUCCGCAGAAGAUGUUCGCGUGACCGGUUUCACUUAUACUCAGUGGUGGAUGGAAACGUUCUGUUCCGUUACAAACACCACAAGCUCCAUACUCAAAUCUCGCGCUGAUGUAACAUUGUUAGCCAAGUGGCUGAUUGAUUUGCUCCCUUGGGAGAAUGAUCCACGAUCGCUUCAGAUCCAGCUGACGCAUAAACCCACUUGGCCAAUUCAUCCAACCGGCUCGAAGAAAGCUGGUAAUCCGAGCGCCGUACCAGUGAUGGACCGGCCCGAGGAUUCCUUUUUGCUGCUGGAUACCGAGGUGGCCAUGGCUGAACUGGAAUCGAUGGAUGCCCAGUCUCGAGACUGCUGUGUGCAGUGUUGGAAUGACUAUGUAGAAAUCGCUCGUGGACGGUUAGCUGAGUUACGUGAGCGAACUCCUGAUGUGCACUCGGUGGAUUCCCUCACUUCACUCGGGGUCACCGCAGCUGUUGCUACCGAUUGUUCAUCAACACCCGGUUGGUGCGAGGUUUGCGCAUGGAUUGAUGAAAUUCGUAAGCAGUUGCCAGUAAAUAAUCCAUCGGAAGCAUCAGUUGACGCAGUCACUUGUGCCGCGAUUUCCGAGCCAGUCACUCUGCGUAUACCACAAAGUUUCACGGAGGCAAAUUUAUUCCAACCUCGCAAACUUCGAACUGUACUCAUUCCUGCUCUCCUCGGGGCUCCGGAAUUGGCGUCAUUGUCCGAAUCUCAGACGGUCGCUCGAGAACAUCUGAUCAGUUCCAUUCGACGGGCCGGAUUGGGGAGCCUUUUGGACUCCAGUAACGAGGUUUCUUCCGAUCAGGACAAUAAACGUGCCGGUUCGCGAUGGACCAGGCUCACCAGUCUGAAGCAAGGCGCAAAACCAGCUCAACGAAGUGCUACGAGUAAACGUAUCCCCACUAAAGGUCGUCCUCGGCGACCAACCAAAACCAUGAAAUAG